AUGACCUCUACAGCACAUCCCGUCACCCCUAUGAUUAUCCACGGGCAGGAUAUCACUCCAUCUCACCACCCGGAGGCUCCGUCUUUUGUACCCAACCCGGAUUUUCCAGGUGGGAGAGAUACCUUGGCGCUAGGGGCCACUCCUGAGAUUUGCAUCAAGGCCGCAGAUUCGUGUGCUUCUGCAUUUGCGACAUGGAGAAGUACCAGUCCUCAAGAGAGGCGGGCCUUGUUCAACCAACUCGCAACGGUACUGAAAGGGAGGAAGGACGAGAUUAUAAAUCUAAUCCAAGAUGAGCUCUCCUGCACGGAAACUUGGGCAUCAAUAAAUUACCAUGAUGGUCUUGGUAUUGUGGAGCAUGCAGCCGCCUUAAUAACCUCGGGGAUCCUCUCCGCGGUCUCACCACCCACGGCUGACCCUCUUGCUCACGCCGUGGUGUUUAAGGAGCCUCUGGGCGUGGUCCUUGGUAUAGCACCUUGGAACUCUCCCCUGAUCCUCGGCUUGAGGGCCGUGGUGGCGGCCGUUGCUACAGGCAACACGGCCAUCCUCAAGGGCUCCGAACUGAGCCCCCGCAUUCACUAUGCAGUCGCAGAUAUGUUCCGUGCUGCCGGCUUCCCACCGGGUGUGGUCAACUUUGUCGUCCACCGCCCGGAGGAUGCACAGGGCUGCUUCGAAGCCCUCAUCUCGCACCCGGCGGUGCGCAAGUGCAACUUUACGGGCUCUACAGGCGUCGGCAGGCAUAUAGCUUCGCGGGCCGCAAUGCACCUCAAGCCGGUCUUGUUGGAGCUGGGCGGGAAGAACUGCGCCGUCGUGCUGGAGGAUGCGGAUUUGGAAAAGGCCGCCGAAAUGGUGCUCGUAGGGGCGCUUCUGAACACUGGUCAGAUUUGCAUGUCUACGGACCUAGUCCUCAUCGCCCGGUCUGUCGAGCCCGAGUUCUAUGCUUUGCUUUGCAAGGCGGCAGCCAGGCACGCUCGCGAGGCGACGCGGCUAAUCACGGACAAGAACGAGGUGCGGGUGGAGGGGCUGCUUCAGGAUGCCAAGGACAAGGGUGCAACCCUGUUCAGGUUCUCAGCCGCAGGUGAGACGACAGCUGGCAGCCAGGAGCGCCCAUCGGCCACCAUAAUCCGCAACCUGACCAAGUCCAUGGCGUUUUGGAAGACGGAGGCAUUUGGCCCCGCGCUGGGGCUCUAUUCGUUUGAUGACAUCUCCGAGGUGCCGGGCUUGGUGGCGGAGUCCAACUACGGGCUCUCGGGGGCAGUCUUCAGCCGGGACCACAUGAAGGCGCUGCAAUUGGCACGUGCCCUCCCGACCGGCGCGGUGCACAUCAACGCACCCACGGCCCACGACGAGCCGACGCUGCCACAUGGCGGCUAUGGGGACAGCGGGUGGGGACGGUUCGGAUCGCACUGGGGAUUUGAGGAGUUUUUGCAAACCAAGACAGUCAUUCUAAACCCGUAA